AUUAGACUGACCCCGCAGCGCGCAGCCUUUGUGCUUCCCGUGCCUCGGAAAAGAAGCAAAGGAUGACCCUUGUACGUACACUGCCCAAAUAAGGAUGCAUAGCCUUUGUUGGACGAUUCCUUGCCAUGGAAGCCAUCGUGACGAACUCCGCCUCUUUGAAGGGCAUCCAGCUCAAUGACGGGCUCAGUGUCUUUCGCUCACCUCUCACCUUUGUGUUCACUCUGCGAAACGCACGGAUCCGUUAUCAACGCUGCGACCGGUUGUAACCAUCUCCUUUCCGUCAUUGAUCGUAGCAAUUUCAUUUUGUAGUCAGCGAGCGGGAUGGCAGCUGCAGUUCAUCUUGAUCCUGUUCAUCGAGUGGACACGAUUACCCACAAGGGAUUCAGUGUCCCCGAUCCUUUUGCACCCAGACAAUCACCUCGAGGGACUUUCGUGAGCGCUGUGCUCGCCACUGCACUAUUCCGAUGCUGGCACAUUCUGAUAUUCUUCUCUGCAUGGGGAACGCUUAUCACCAUCCUCAAUCACCAGGGCCAUAAACUUUACUUCGCUGCGACGCUCCUCACUGUAGUUGGUACCGUGCUCGGUUUCGUCAUUUCUUACCGUACGACGUCGUCGUUCGAAAGGUACAACGAGGGCCGCCGGCUAUGGUCACAAAUCAUUCUAGCGAGCCGGACGUUUGCUCGAACAGUGUGGUUCCAUAUACCAGAUCCGCCUGCGACGGAAUCUGCUUCUGCAGAGGAGCUUAGGGCACGAACAAUGGUAGAGAAAAAGACCGUCAUCAAUUUACUUGAAGCAUAUGCUGUAGCCAUCAAACAUUAUUUGCGUGGGGAAGACGGCAUCUACUACAAGGAUCUGUACUAUCUUGUCAAAUUCCUUCCUGCCUAUGCGCUCCCUCCAGGCAUUCCCUCACAUCCGGACCAGGCGCAAACAGACGAUGGACAUUCGCUCUCUCCGACGGAUUCUCCCGUACGACCGACAGCCAACGGCAAUCGCCAAUCUUUAGAUCGUCCCUCCGGUGGCAACCUCCUGCAUCACAGAACUUCGGUAUCCUCCGCGUCGGCACAAGCAGGUCUACCCCUACCAGCGACAAGCCCGAUCUCCAGGAAGCCAAUGUUCUUGGAGCCUUGGAGGAGCCCAGAAGCUAAGGGACAUCAUGCGGAGCCGCACAAGGACAAGAUGAUCUUAACCAAGACCGACGAAGCAUACCUACUACCUGCUAGCAUGCCUCCGAAAUACCACUUGUUUGAUCUGUUCCCGUUCUCGUUAUUCAUUCACCUUCUUACCAAGCGGGGUAAAGAAGUUAAAGGCAAGAAGGCAGCUAGGAUAAGGGCCAAGAUGAGGGGCAUAGGCGUCUCGCACAAUCUGCCGCUAGAAAUAUCCCUGUAUCUCAGCUCAUAUAUAUCGGCGCUCCAAAAACGGAAAACGAUGGAUGUACCUACGACAAACGCACUGCUGGCAGCGCUCAAUCAGCUUGUUGACAGUCUCACCGGUCUCGAACGUAUUCUCACGACACCCAUUCCUUUCUCUUACUCCAUUCACCUCUGGGUGGUAACAGUCCUGUAUAAUUUGUGUUUGCCGUUCCAAAUCUGGCAGGCCUUGGGGUGGAUUACUAUUCCAGCCUGUUCGAUACUGAGCUUUAUAUUCUUCGGGUUCCUCGUGGCUGGGGAAGAAAUAGAGAAUCCCUUCGGGUAUGACAAGAACGACCUGAACAUGGAUCAUUUCACUUCGAAUAUCAUCCGUCUGCACCCGUUCUACCAAGUACUUCAUGGGCAUCCGAAGAGGCUAAUUCUACUCUUAUAGGUAAUGAACUCAGGGCCAUUACCUCUGCGGCGGCGCCAGAUCCUGCCCGCUGGGCCUUUGCGCCGGAAAACGAUCUGCUGUUUGCCACGAAUUAUGAUAAGGACGAACGGGUAUCACCGGAGGAGUGGACACGAAGAGGGUCUGCGCAGAUGCAGACUGCUGCGAGCUUUAUCUAACGAAAUUUCCUCUUGGCAUAGUUUUUUUAAAAAUUAUGG